AUGCUUGCCAAAUGCCUUUUUGGUAUGGGUAAUGUACAUUUGGCCCGUAAAGAACUCGAUGAUACUCUGUCUUAUGUUGGAGGAUCACUAGCUAUUCGGGAGGAAGAAGCUAAACCGAGAAAUGACUUUGAUAUAGCAGCGUGUGUCGAUAAUAUGGGCAAUACUUAUUAUGAAAAAGGCGAUAUGACUCGAGCAUUACAAUGUGCUAAUCGAGCUGUUGAACUCCUGAGAACAAAUAUCAAUGGUGAUCGUCGGUUUGCAGCUGCAUUGCAUAAUUUAGGCGUCCUUCAUCAAAUAAAUGGAGAUUUAGUCAAAGCCCGUGAAUAUUUCGAAGAAGCGGUUGCUUAUUUACAGGACUCCACUCAUCCUUAUCGUAUAAGUUCCUUGAACAAUAUAGAACGGUUCAAUCAGCUCGAAGAGUCAAAAAAAAGAAUUUCCUAUUUUCAGUUAAAAAACAUUUGUUUUUCGAUAAGAUCAAUACAUAUUGAAAAAUUCGUGGAUUAA